AUGCAGCAGCCUGACAGCCAGCAGACAACAGCUCAGACAGCUCAGACAGAAACACUGGAUCCAGCAGCUCACUACCUGCGUCGCAGGAAGACGGCUCUGUUGGUGACUGUGUCUCUGCUGGCUCUGGCUCUGCUGGUGCUUGCUGUGGGUCUGGUCUCUGCCACUCGCACCGACAACGUGCCUGUUGCUGGAUAUUAUGCCGGUAUCACUCUGAGUUUUGGAGCGUUCCUGGGUAUUGUUGGCAUCCACCUGGUGGAAAAUCGCCGACCCAUGCUCGUGGCAGCGAUCAUAUUCAUCAGCAUCGGAGUCAUCGCGUCUUUCUUCUGUGCCAUUGUGGACGGGAUCAUCGCCUCAGAGUUCAUUGACACGAGGCCUUUGCAAGAGGACAUGUGUGACUUUUACACCAGUGGAGCAGGUUAUGCGUACGACAGCUACUAUACUGAGGUGACGUGCCGUUCAUUUGACAAGGCGUGCAAGCUGAAGCUGAGGAGCAACACGUGCUACUGCUGCUACCUGUAUAACUGUGAGAGCCAAGAAUACCACACACAGUACUACGAGUUCACCGGGGUCAACAGCUGCUGGGAUGUGAUCCACCUGCACCGCCUGCUGUGGGCCUCAGUGGUCCUCAACGUGUUGGCGUUGUUCCUGGGCAUCAUCACCGCAGCCCUGCUCGGAGCGUACAAAGAUAUGAAGCCGACUCCUGUGAUGGCUCCCAGCCCCACGCCGCCGCCCCACAUCCUGUACAACCCGACCCAGCACAUGCUCACCUACGCUGGCUUCUGCCCUUCGGGACAGACUCUGCCUGCCUACCCCAACUAUCCAAUACCCAUGCAGCACAACAGCAGCUAUCAGCCACCUGCUACUCCCCAGAUGAUCCCUGAGGGAGGCCAUGCCUCCAGCUCCUGCCUGUCUGAGGAGAACCAGAACCAGCAGCCCCCUCAGGCUCCCACCCAGCCACUGCCUCAGGGAGCCACCCAGGAACCAGGGGGCUACAUGCUAUCACCCAACGCUCCUGUCCUCUACGGGGCUGCCUACAGCCCCUUUGAGAAACCUCCACCUUACGCCUGCUGAGCCCUCGGACAAACAUCUGGGUCAUGCUGGAAGAGAAAUAUCUUGAUCUGGUCAGACUGAAUGUAACACAAUACAUUUCAUAGGUGACGGAAAAGAGUCAGUGAGCUUCACGGCUACUCUGUACUGGUAGGAAUGUUACGUUUCAUGUGGUGGCACUGAGGAGAGACAGAUUUAUAGUAAUGCAGUGUGAUUAUAGACAUCAUUUAACUUAUCUUGUGUAUUCAUUAAAGGAAACAGCUUGGGAAAUAUGCUUAUUCACCUUUUUAAAAAGAACAUUGAUACCAUUCUUAAAUCUCUAACUCAUAAUUGUGAUGCUGGCUAACUUAGCUGAGCACAAAGACUGGAAACAGCUAGCCUGGUUCUGUACAACGAAAACAAUCUGCCCACAAGCAUCUCUAAAUCUUUUCUGUACAAAAACUGAAGUAUAAAAACUAAAAAAAAAAAACCCCGUUUAACAUGGGGUUAUAUGCAGGACUGUUUCUUGGUGGUCGUUUCCAGUUAACCGGCAGAGACUUGAAGAAGUUACAGCUUAACUUUAACUCUCAGAAAGUACACAAAUGAGCGUAUUUCCCAAAAUGUCAAACCUUUCUUUGAGCCUAGAGCUGGCCUUCAGAUGCUUACAUAUUACAUGUGAAUAAGUGUAUAGUCGUACACUUACUGUGAUCUAAUAGUUGUUUCUGUUCUAACUUGUGUAGAUUGGGUUAAAGGUCUUCCUGUGUAUUGUCUCUGUAUACUAACUAACGUACGGGCAAUUUUAAGGGCUUUCUUGAAAUGUGAAUGAGUAAAUGACGCUGAUGCUGCUGUUGUUUCAUUCUGUUAGUGUGAAUCAUUUAAUGUGCACUUUAAAGUCGAUAUGCUGUAUAUAUUAUUGAUGACGCAUGUUAACUGCUGUGGGGAUGGGGUUCUGUAGCUGCUAUAAGAUACAUAAUGUAUUAAAGAGGCACCUUUAAGAAAUGCAUAUAUUCAUGGUGCGUACACAUACAUGUGGAGUAAGGGCUUCAUCGAAAUUGCACAUUUAAAGGAGGAGUUUCACAUUUUGGGAAAUAUGCUUGCUUGAGUUAAAUGAGAACAUCAAUGCCACUCAUUUACAGUAAAUGUAAAGCUACUGUCAGCAGCUAGUUAGCUUAGCUCAGCAUUAAGAAUGAAAAUGGGGAAACAGCUGGCUCUAGGCUGAAAAUCUUUUUAAUACAUGAAAAGCUCACUAAUUAACAUGUUUUAUCUUGCUUGUUUAAUACGCACUCAUACCGAAUUGUAAAAACACAUUUCACAGUUUUACUGAGAGCCAGGCUAGCUGCUUCUCCCGUUUCCAGUCUGUGCGCUAAGCUCAGUUAGCCACUUCUGGCGGUAGCUUCAUACUUAAAGUGUAACUUGAGUAUUUUUCAACCUGGACUCUAUUUCCUUACAUUUUUGUGUCUAAGUGAUUACUCAAAACAUUUUUUGAAACUUAUCGAGUAUUGAGCGAGAGGGGUGCGGCCAACAGCCGUGAAACGAGCCACAGUGCCACAAGCCACAACCACUUGGGGCAUUUGUGCACUGUCAAUUCACGUCCACUAAAGGUGCUUAUUUUUGCUACUGACAGGCUCAGAUUGUUAUUCUUCAUGUCUGACAACAUUAUAGAUAGGAUCCCUACAGACAUGGACCUUUUUAUUUAACGAGAAACAGGCCCGAAAUUGUUAUCGUCAAACCCACCAGACUCCAUGUAAAUAAACUGUAAUUUUAGCGUGAAUAGAGCCCGCAUGUUUUAACAUCUGAGUGAAUUAACAGGUUUAUUUUCACCAAACCAAAACUGGUGAUUGUUGGAACAGUGGAAAGACAAACCAAGACUGUUUUUGUGAGUUUUAUUUUGUUUCUUUUGACUUUGAAUUAAGUGUAUUUUAUGAUAAUAAAAUUACGGUUUACUAAAAUAAAGUCUGGUUGGUUUGGGGACAGCGGUUUCUGGGCUUUUUUAUGGUUAAACACCAAGGAUCUUACUCUUUAACAAAGGGGUCUAUCUUUGUAGGUAUGCUUCAAUAAUGAUGUCAGACACUUGGAAAGUGACGAAACCUAGCACUUUAUGUGGAUGUAAAUUGACGGUGCACAAUUGCCCAUUAAUGUUACAUUGCUGCCUGUUUCGCUGCUGCUGGAUGCAGCCCUCUCGCUCAAUACUGGACCAAUCUUAGAAAUUGUUGGUCCUGUCAGUCACUUAAACACAAAAAUAUGGAAAAAUAGGGUCCAGGCUGAAGAAUGAGUAAGUUACCCUUUAAUGUGCACACGUGAAGGUUAUCACUCUUCUCGUCUCUGUGCAAGAAAGUAUUUCCUAUGAUGUCAAACCUUUCCUUUAAAAUCUCAAUAUCACCAGUGCAAUUUUUACUACCACUGUUUUCACUGUAUUGUUUCACCUUAAAGUGAAGACUAUGUAUGUAACUUUUCGACGAAACCACAUAAUUCUUCCUCUUAGAAAUAAAAAGUUGAAUUCAUGUUGU